CUUUGAAUGUUCUUGAAUCUUUGAUAAAUUACGAAAUCUUGAAUUCUCAAGAAUAUAUUGACAUUCCUGCUGAAAAUGAAGCUAUUUAUCACAUGCUUAGCAUUGAAGAAAUAGUGAAUACUAUUAGUCAAUCAGAUGAUACUGAUAAUAGUGAUAAUGAUGGACCAGA